GUAAAAUUGUUAAGUACAUAAGAGGCGAGGGGGGAGCGUUUCGACGGCGUGUGCCCACUGCCCAGAGAAGGUGAAACACAACCAGCACAAAAGAAAAAGGUCAUUCAUGACUCCUGGUUGCUACUGGAAGAGGAGGAGUGGGUGUGGUUCGGCCAGUAUUCAGGACUACACCAUUGAGGCAUUCUUGCACCAUUUGUAAAUGACUAUGGUUGGAACAGGAGG